AUGUGGAAAGAGUAUCACCUCAGCAGAUACUUUUUUAAUCCUGACUACAAUAAUGGCGAGUUUAGGAUUACCUUAGACAUAGGUCAGAAGUAUGGAGUCGCUUUGCACGCGCUAAGUUUGUUCAGAGCUUUGAAAGUAGCCGAUCCAUCCGCCAAAGUCGAUUUUUCUAUCAGCGUUGACUCUUCCGUCUUAUCCAUAUUGACCCCUCACAGUAAGUUCGUGCCGCAGUAUUUACUGAUCUUACGAGCUUUCACACUUACAGCCUGGAUCUUUAUUCUUUUCACGAUCGGGACUUUUGUUUUGGCACAGUACAUUUUCCAACGCUCCCAGUGCGCGUCGUUUCGACGCUUCUACUCAGAGGCAGAGAUCAGUUCGUACGAAGGUACUUCGUCUUUGUUGACCGUUUACUCUUAUUUCAUGUGCGGGAACCCACCAACUUUGCUCCUGGGUCGCUUUCACACCGGCAAGAUCCUUUUCCUGGUCUUCAGUUUUGCUGCAAUCGUCAUCUCGACGGUUUUCUCGAGUAACAUGACCACGCUACUGACCAAAAAAGUUCGGUACCCGGAAAUCGAUUCCAUGGACGACUUAGUGGAGGCUGAUAUUUUUAUCCAAACGACAUAUAUAGCAGGCACUUCGAUGUUAGACCUACAAGAAGCGAUCGUUGCUAAACUAACGGAUAGCCUACAUGCCAUCAUGGCUUUCUUAAAUCUCGAGGCGGUCCACAACCAAGAGGUAGCUGUGUAUUACGUGGAUCCCACUUCGAAUUUAUCCAUGGGAACGGACACUGACGAUUACUUGCUGAAAACCAUAGAAAACGCGCAUGCUAUCUCGGAAACGGAUGCAAUUUUACAAAGUAUUCCGCAAGCCCUUGUUUCGAAGAAAAAUGUUGAUGUGAGAACGGCCCUGUGGAGAGAAAAGAUGAACUACCACUUGAUGGAACAAGGUCUGAUGACGUAUCCUGUCUUAUUCACGUUCCCGAAGGAUUCGUUUCUUUUUGAUGAGGUGAAUGAUUUAUUGAUCCGAUUCUUGGAAUAUGGGCACGCUCACGAGUACCUCAAGGAGAUAAUGCGUCAAGAGUUCAACGUUACAACAGCGUCGGAUGAUGAUUUUUGCGACGAAAUUGAGCCUAAACCGCACAGUUUGAGUGACUUACAACCAGCAUUCGCGGCACUGAUCAUAGGUCUGUUUAUAAGUUUCCUUGCGUUUGUAAGUGAAAUUUUGCUCGAUGUUUUCGGAACUGCCGCAGCUGCAAAGCAUUUAAAACGUUUUCGAUCUUUCUUCCGCAAUAGGGAAUAA